UCCUCUCUGCCCCCCGUUCGAUUCCGCGUUUCGGAAACUGCCGCCGUUGUAAGCGAAGCGCCCCAGCGGGAGCGUCUGUCUUCGUAACGUUUUCUCUCGGGAAUACUGAAGCUUACCGUUUGAAUCAUGUGCAGUGUGAUGCAAGCUGAGAGAAAGAUGGACAUGUUGAAGAUCCUGUGUAAACCAGCAGAGAGCUUAGAAUGUGAUCACUGCAAUUUCAGAGGUUCUGACUAUGCAAAUGUACAGAUACACAUGGGUACUAUCCACCCUGAGUUUUGUGAUGAAAUGGAUACUGCUGGAUUGGGGAAACUUAUUUUUUAUCAGAAAAGCGCCAAAUUAUUCCAUUGCCACAAAUGCUUUUUUACCAGCAAGAUGUAUUGUAAUGUUUAUCAUCACAUUACAGAAAAACAUGCCAAGCCAGACAAACGGAAUGAAGAACGGAAAGAGUUGUUAGACACAGAAUCUCUGAAAAAACCUAUCUCUGUGGAGCCUCCAAAGCCUUCUGUGUCUCCAGAGACACAAAAACCCUCCACAUCUCCAGAACUACAGAAGCCUGUUCUUGCUGAACCUAUCAAGUCUGAUAACAGUUUAUCUCCCAAAAUGCAAAAGCCCAUUCCAAUUGCAUCUGUGGAGCAACAGAAAGUUGUUCCAGUUGUGUGCCCAGAGCCACUGAAACCUGUCUCUGUUCUAGCCCUAGAGCCUCCAAAACCUGUUCCAGUACUGUCAUCAGAGCCACUGAAACAGAUCCCUUCUUUGUCUGCAGAACUACAGAAACCUGCCCUAAUUGAGCCUUCAGAGCCACCAAAACCUGUCUCCACUAUGUUCCUGGAGCCACAGAAAUCUGCUCCAGCUAUAUACACUGAGGCACAGAAACCCUUCCCUGCUAUACAGGCAGAAGUACAGAUCUUUGCCCCGGAACCAGAGAAGCCUACAAUUCAAGUAUCCCUGGAACCACAGAAACUACUUCCACCCAUAUCCCCAGAACUUCAGAAGUCUGCACUGCCUUCCCCUCCACCUGUGGCUGUAUCUGAAUCACAGAAAUUUUCUCCGGCUGCAUCUCCCGAGCCCCGCAGGCAUUCUCCGGCUGUGUCCCCUGAACCAAAGAAGUUUUCCACUGCUCUGCCCUCAGAAUCUCGCAGGCAUAUUCCUCAGAUGCGGAGACCCACUUCAGCACUUUCCCCUGAGCCAUGGAAAGCAGAAACAGCAAUGUCUGCAGAUCCCUGGAGGACUCCUAAUAUUCCAGAUCCCUGGAGGCCUGCCACUAGUACCUCUCAUGAGCAACAGAAGUCUUCUAUUAAUAUGUCCCCCUGGUCUUCAAAACCUUCCUCAUCUUUGUCACUUGAAUCCAGAAGGCCUGCCUCAGAUUCCCGAAGGCCAGCCACUAUGAUGUCCACAGAGCCUCAGAAGUUUGUAACAGAGCCUUGGAAAUCUAGCUCCUUACCUGAUACCCAGAAAUCUAGUCUUGCUUCCUCAGAACCUUGGAAACCCAUUUCAUCAGUUUAUCCUGAAGGUUGGAAACCAGUUUUGUCUCCUGACACCUGGAGGCCAUCACCACCACCGCCUCCUCCCCCCCCUCCCAUGCCAGCUGAACUCAGAAAGCCUGGUCCUCCUAUGUCACCUGAUCUUUGGAAGCCUUCCUUCUUUCCUGAGCAACGUAAACCAACUCCUGUGUCUCCUGAUCCAUGGAAGUUUUCUUCUGAGCCUCGAAAAUCUACUUUCUUUCCAGAGACUCAGAAACCUGGUACUUUUGUGUCCCCAGACCUUCAGAAGCGUGGGUUUUUUUCUGAACCCCGAAAACGGGCCCUGUUUCCUGAGCCUAAAAAACCUGUUCCUCCUGUUGCUGCUGAGAUGCAAAAGCGACCCUUCUUCCAUGAAACUCAUAUGUCUUUUCCUGAAGUGCAAAAACAUGCCCUCUUUUCUGAAUCUCAUAGACCUCCUCCUGUUUCUCCUGAAGCCCAGAAACAUCCCUUCUUCACAGAACCCCAGAAACAUAUUGCUGUUUCUCCUGAAAUACAGGAGCAUGUUCCUUUAUUAGAACCUCAGAAACCACCUGCUGUUUCUCCGGAAGUGCUGAAACUUCCUAUAGCUUCCGAAAUCCAGAAACUCGCUGCCUUUGCUGAACCCCAGAAGCCACCUCCUGGUUCCCCUGAGAAACAAAGACAGACUUUCUUCACAGAGCCUCCAAGAUGUCCUCUUUCUCCUGAACUCCAGAAACCUUCCUCUUCUGUGUCUUCUGAUCAGAAGCAAGUCCUCAGUUCUGAAGUCCCCAAACCCAUGCCUCUUGUUUCCUCUGAAGUCAGCAAAACAACUGCCUCUGAGUUUAGCCAGCCUUCAGCUCCUGACAUUUCAGAGGUACCAGCCUGUACUGAAUCUAGUAAUAAAGAUUUGUUAACUGAAAAUCCAGAAGAUGAGCAUCCUGUCAGUGGUCUGUUGGCUCCGAAAGAACAGCCUGUGCAAAACAAGGAACCCGCAGAAGAUGAUUUGUAUACUUGUCCAAAGAAGAAAGCCAAGAAAGAAAACCAGGAAGCGUCUAAUGCAGAGCUGAAUAGCAGCGACAGUGGAAACACUGAGAUGGAUACAUCAGAGGUGAAAGAGCAGGAUUCCCUCAGUGAUCAGGAACAGCUUGACGCAGAAUCAUCUGAUCCCAGUAAAGAGACGAAGACUGAUGCAACUCCCACAACACAGCCUCAGUGUGUGCUGCAGUUUACGGAAGAGAAAGAAGCGUUUAUCUCAGAAGAAGAAAUAGCAAAGUACAUGAAACGCGGCAAAGGCAAAUACUAUUGUAAAAUUUGUUGCUGCAGAGCUAUGAAAAAAGGUGCCGUGUUGCAUCAUUUGGUCAAUAAGCAUAAUGUCCAAAGCCCAUUCAAGUGUGACAUUUGUGGGAAGGCUUUUCUCUUGGAAUCUCACCUGAAAAAUCAUGUUGCUGCUCAUGGCCAGAGUCUGCUUAAAUGCCCACGCUGCAAUUUUGAGUCAAAUUUCCCCAGAGGCUUUAAGAAACAUUUAACCCAUUGUCAAAGCCGUCAUAAUGAAGAGGCCAGUAAGAAACAGCUGGAUGCCACCGAGCCACCGAGUCAGAGCCAUCCCAGUGAAGAGGCCAGUAAGGCACCCGUGGAUGGCACUGAACCAUUGAAUGAAUCACUUCCUGAGCCACUUAAUGAACCAAAUCAGUGAUUUUUGUUUUACAGGUUGAGAAGUCCCCAAACAUGUUGCAUUGUACUUUGUGAUGUAGUUGAGCUUAUAUAACAAAGUGGAAAGAAGCUGCUGUUACUGCAUAGUGCUACGUUAGCAAUCGUCCUAAAUUCACCGGGCACAAUCUAAGGCAAUUUUAAGCAUGCUU